UCAGCCAUAGCUUAGUGUAAUCCCUCACUUAUCACCAUUUCAUUGAUGAUUUUCUCUUCUUUGUUUAUUUAUUUUUCCUCUGGAAUUGGAAUUCUCCACUGUGGAUUUUCCAGCUGAUGUUCAGAACCUGGACGCUACAGAGGGGCAUAAAUAUUCAAUAGAAUGGAAGAGAACUUUGGAUGCUGCAGAAAACCUUUUCCUGUAAUUGUGGAUGAAUUUAUUUUUAACAUAUAUAGGCUCAACACAGGGGAGGUAUUUGCUGUAAUAUAAUAUUAGUUUUUAGGAUAUUUCUCCAUCUCAGUUCUACUGGACAUAGACCCCCCUCUUUUUGAUCCACAUGCAUUUAGCUCCAAGUUACUCUWUAGGAUUAUGUGGAAGCUUCUUUGAUGUGUGAAUUUUUUGCUAUAAGUGCAAACAUUGGAAGAGCAACAUGAAUCAAAUCAUGGCAGAUGGAGCUGUGGUUAACUGAGUAUUGAACCUUUUUCUAYAAGUUGGCAGCCCAGGCAUGACAAACAUAUCCAUGGAGCCUGGAGUCCUGGUGGAAAAGAGUGCCAAUGCCACUGAUUCACCCCUGAGCUCACACCACGAUGCAGCUGCCACCUUCACCAUUGGUACCAUCCUCUCCAUCAUGUUCCUCAUUGGAGUCUCAGGAAACAUCUAUACCCUCGUGGUCAUGUGCAAAUCCAUGAGGACUGCAGCCUCAAUGUACAUCUACAUUAUCAACUUAGCUUUGGCAGAUUUGUUGUACCUACUCACCAUCCCUUUUGUGGUCUGCACACACUUCCUGAAGGUGUGGUACUUUGGAAAUGCAGGAUGUCGGAUACUGAUCAGCAUGGACUUCCUGACAAUGCAUGCCAUCAUCUUCACCCUGGCCGUCAUGAGCACAGAGCGCUAUUUUGCAGUGCUCAAGCCACUUGAUACAGUCAAGCGAUCCAAAAGUUACCGCAAGGCUAUUGCUUUGCUGGUCUGGGUAGUCUCUCUGAUUCUGACCCUACCUAUGAUUGUGUGCAUCCAGUUAAUGACAGUGGGCACCAAGGACAUCUGCAAGCCCACAUUAUCCCCACUGUCUUACAAGGUUUACAUCUCCUUCUUGUUUUGUACAAGCAUCAUUGCUCCAGGACUGGUCAUUGGUUUUCUCUAUAUCCARCUUGCACGCACUUACUGGAUUUCACAAACAGAAAGCUUCAAGCAGACCAAGAAACUACCAAAUCAAAAGGUGCUGUACCUGAUUUUCACCAUUGUGCUUCUCUUCUGGGCAUGCUUCCUGCCUUUUUGGAUCUGGCAUCUACUAUGUGAAUUUUACCCCUCAUUGUCUCUCUCCAACAAAGCCAAACGCAACAUUAACUACCUGACCACAUGCCUGACAUACUCGAACAGCUGCAUCAACCCAUUCCUGUACACACUACUCACCAAAAACUACAAGGAGUACCUGAGGAAGCGCAACAGGUCCUGGUCGGCAGGCCACUACUUCAGCCGGUGUAGUCGUUUUCAGCGUUCGCCACGCAGGUCGCCAUCUGCCAGCAGCCAGCAGUGUACUGAGAGCUUCAUGCUGACUCACACAGCUUCUCUGCGAGCUCAUAACAGCAGCCUGUGAGGUAGGAGAAAUGUCUUCUGGACAGGGUUUGUGUAAUGUAUGACAUGAACUUCACUUUUAUGUUUGCAGAGAAAGUGGAUCCUUAGCCCCCUAUCAAAUGAAACCUCUUUCAGAUUGAAUGUUUACAGAUUGUAUUGAUUUUUGGGACUCUAAAAACACAUUUGCAUUUUCURCUCUCUGGAAUACUGUCUAAGGAUUUUAAUAUUGGAUACCCUGCGGUAUUGGUAUUUAUCUUUGGGAAAGGUUUGACAUACAUUGUGCCAUGAAAAAUUUGGAAAGUUCAGAAAAAAAUCUGGUGAUAAAUUAAAAAGAUGUACCAUAUUUAUUCAAGUAUAAUGCAUAAAAUUUAAUCCACAAAAUCAUCUAUAAAGUUGAGGGGGUAGCACUGGGAUAAAUAUUUUUACGAAUUUAUUUUAACUGAA